AUGCUUGGCAUUAAAUUUGGUAACUCUACUAUAGUUGUCCACCACAUUUCAGAUACUCGCAGUGAAAGGAAUGCUAUUUUACCUCUUACUUUCCAAGGAAAAGAAACUAUCCCUUCCUACGUUAUGAUUCAAGAAGAAGGUUCAGUAGAAUAUGGAAUUUACGCUAAACAUCAGAUUGUUAGAUAUCCUUCAAGAGUAAUUUUCGGAGUUAAACACUUGAUUGGUCAUAAAUAUCACGAUUGUUCAGUUCAGAAACUUUUGGAGAAUGUUGGUUUCGAAAUUCAGCCUGAUGAAGAUGAUAAUCCAUUAAUCGUAGUUGACGGCAAGAAAUACAUCCCAGAAGAAAUUCUCGGUUUCUUGUUAGAAUAUGUGAAGGAUACAUGCAAGAGCUGUACAGGCCAAGAAGCUACAGACUGUGUCAUUACUGUUCCUGCAUACUUCAACAGCGCACAAAGAAAUGCUGUCAAAACUGCUGCAAGAAUCGCCAACUUAAAUGUCUGCAAAUUCCUCAGCGAACCAACAGCUGCUGCCAUCGCCUACUACAACAUCGAGCCAAAGGAUAAUAUUCAUUUGUUAGUUUUCGACUUUGGUGCUGGUACACUCGAUGUUUCCAUCGUUUACAUUGAUGGCCGGGUAUUCAUUGUCAAAGCUGUCGCUGGUAACUCAAACUUAGGUGGCGCGGAUAUAGAUAAAAUCAUCGCUGACCAUUGCAUUGAACAGUUCCAGCCUGAUUUUAAUCCAAAAGAUCCAAACAACAAGAAAAGCAUGGUAGCUCUUCUUCAGUCAGCAGAAGAAGCAAAGAUAGCACUUAGCUCAAAGAGUAGCUCACAGAUUACCAUUCCAAACUUUUACAAUGGCCAAGAUCUUACUCUUAGUCUUAGUGCUAUGAGGCUCAACAGCUUGAUUAGACAUAAAAUACUUGACCAAAUUCCAACUCCAAUCCAUUCUGCCCUCAAAGCAGCUGGUCUCAAGCCAACUAACAUUGAUGGUGUAUUACUUGUCGGUGGUUCUAGCAUGAUCCCAGCUGUUAAAGAGAAACUUGAAGAAAUCUUCCCAGGAAAGAUCUAUCCUUACUUAAAUUCAUUGAAGGCUGUAUCUGAUGGUGCAGCCACAAUUUGCCAGAAGAUACUGAAUGAUCAACUCAAAGACUUCGAAGAUGUUAAGGAUUAUGUCAAUCCAGGAACAAUCGCUGUCGUAGAUGUUCAGCCAAUUUCCAUUGGCAUCAAGACUGUAAACGACACAUUCCAGAAAUUCAUCAACGCCAACGAGCCAAUCCCACAGGAGACCCAAAUGGAAUUCAAGAUCAAAGAUACAUCUACUUUCACCAUCGAAAUCUACCAAGGUGAAAGCACCAAGUGCUCAGAAAACGUAUUCCUCAGAGAUGUCACUUUCAUGAAUAUUCCAAGGGAAUGUACAAAAGUUUUUCUUAAAAUUGCUAUUAACAAUGAAGGUAUGCUCGUUGUCGAAGCUACUGAUCCAGAAACACAAUACGCCCAGACAUUCGACUUCUGCCACGAUGGCAAACUCAAUGAUGAAAUGGUUCAGGAGAUUAUCAGAAGGCAUAAGGCCGCAAAUGAAACUGGAAAGAAGAAGGCUGAAGAAAAAUUAACUCAAGUGUACGAUGAUAACAGGAGGUUGAAGUGCAUCAACAAAGAUUUAUUCAGGGAAAUUCAGAAUCAAAUCAAUGAUGCAUUUGAUGAAAUUGAUGAUAUAGAUGAUUCAGCAGACUUCAGGAAAUUCUUUGAACUUGCUGAUGAAAUCAGUAAGAAGAUUCGGAGCAAUAUUUAG